AAUCUACUAACAGUGCAGUGACAACGUCCGUCGGGGUAGGAUGUGUUACUUGCACUUUAAAAUUUAGUUUUUAAAACUAUCGUUAGCUGUAGCAUAAUUGUAUAUCAAGUUAUCAGUUUAAAUAUUUACAUAAUAUUAGUAGUUUAAGUUUAUUUAAUGUUACGUAUACUUGUUAUCGAAAUACACGGUACUAAAGUUUUUAAACUAAAUGAAAAGUUAAACCAAUACUGCCAUACUGGUUUGAAAAUAGCCAACUGCAAGGAAAUUCUGGUUAUCUUUUGAUCUUCUUAAAUCGUCGUUGAACUUAUGAUGUAAGGAACGAUAAGAAAUAAGAUUUGAAGAUACCAGGACACAACAACAUAUAUAGAAAUGGCCGCGAUCGACAUGCUCGCGUCAGAGUCCUUCUACGGGCACAGCCCGCCCGCCGGCUUCCUCACAGACUACACGCCGAGGAGACCAACGAAACUCACAGCUAGAGGAUUCUCCGCGCCAUGUUUAACGCCAUUAAAACCAGUGCAACUGACAUUAAAAACUGCACCAAGAUCCUGCAUCAAACUAUCGAAUGAGAAGAAAAAGAAAAGGGUCGUUUUUGCCGACGACCGAGGGUUAGCGUUGGAACAGAUCAAGUUUAUGACGGAACCCUCACACGUGCCACCUUACUGGGCGCUGAGAGUCGUGUCCACACCAUCACCAGAACGAAAACCACCCCCGAAACCAGUUGCAGACCUCUGGGAAACGAGAUUUCUCCAACCAGCAUCGGACUACCUCGAGUUCCGUCGCCGAAUCACUGAAGAAUGUGUGUCGUUAGAAAAUGUUAUCAUAAAACAAGAUGAGUGCGCUGUCGACGGGACUGUUAAAGUGAAAAAUCUAGAUUUUACAAAAGAGGUUCUCGUGCGUACGUCGUCAGACGGCUGGGUGACAACUGAAGAUACGUUCUGCGCGUUUGUUGAAACUGGCCCGUUGAACCAAAACGGUGUGUCAAACUACGAUACGUUUGGCUUCAGACUGCAGUUACCGAUUCACUCGAGACGGCUUGAUUUCGCUGUCUGUUUCAGAUGUAAAGGAGAAGAAUUUUGGGAUAACAACCACGGGAUUAACUAUACGAUAGAAAAAGCUUCAGUGAGAACAACUCCUGCUAUAUCUUGUGCAAGAAUUAAAUAUGGGAAUUCGUGGACUACACGAUCGACGGGAGACGGGAAUGUGCCUUACUGGUGAAAGAUUCUUUCCAGUUAUUUUGAAUGUGAAAAGCCUAAAGGGUAGUGUAGUGCCAUAUUCAAAUCUAAGUGAUCUAUAAGGUCUGUAUAUUUUCUUUUUAUUGCCAGCUGAAUGAGCUGUUUUAUUGAAUAUGUGCUUGGAAGGGUGAUAAUGUGAAGAAAGUUCCAGUCAACUAUUUUGUUGUGAGGCGAAAAUGCAAUAACUCUCUUAUCAAGACAGGUUCUUGCGUCUCUUUCUAAAUAUGUGCAGUCGAAAGAGAUGCGUCUAUUUCGUUUGUUUUGUCGAGUUAUCGGCAUAGCGACGAAAUGGUUACUUUUUAAUUUUAGUUUUUUUUUUUAAUUUAAGUCAUUGAGGAUCUGUUUUAAAGAGAAAAUGCCUUUUAGACUUAAUAAUUCCAAAACAGUCUUGAAAAUAAUACAUAUUUUGAAGGUGAUUUACCAAAAACAAAAAAUAAUUAGUCGA